AUGUCACGGCGGGUGCUGGUUCUUGAUGGACUAUGGUAUUCGCUAUGUCCGUCAUUCAGCCCAUCGGCGCUGACUCGUCCCAAUCCUCUAUUAAAACAGCGCAAACCAAACUCCCGACCAGGCUUGUCACCAGCUCUUCGCAUUGCGGCGCCGCCACGGCAUCGCAGUUACAGCAGCAAUGCCAGGAAGACCGAUACCCGAGCCCGAUUCGAAGCCAACUCAGCACAUGAAGAAACCAAUGACACAUCCCCGCCUUUUUCCAAUUCGAUCUCAUUAUCGAACGGUCUCCGGGAGAACCAAUACGAUAGCUUAGACCUCGAGUACCAUGGCGACGAGGCAGCGUCGCCGAAGCACAAAGAUAUAAUCAACAAUCUGCCCGAUAUCCCCAAACACGCCGCCGGGAAGAGCAAUGAUAGUCUCGAAACAUUGCUACAAACCGAAAUGGCCAAGAAACCGAACAUCACAUCUGCGACAAAUAUAUUGCGGUUGUUGAUAGAGGAUCGAGGUGUCAAGCCAUCGGCGCGGCAUUAUAAGGCCCUUAUGCUGGCGAACUCGGAUGCGUUGCAUGGAUCACCGGAGUUCGUAAGGAGUCUUUUGGAGGAGAUGGAGGAACAAGGGAUUGCAGCGGACUCGGGGACGCUGCAUGCUGCGCUGCAGGCACUCGCUGUGCAUCCAGACUUCUGCCUCCGCCAAGAAGUCCUCCAAAAAUUACGAGACCGAUGGCUUACCCUGAGCCCGGCUGGAUGGCAUUUCCUAGUUGCGGGUCUCCUCCGCGAGCACAAAUUCGAGAUGGCCCUUGAACAAUUUUCCCUGAUGCAGCGGAAGGAUAUUACCGUUGAGGAUUGGCUGCAUAGCUCAAUAAUCUAUCAUCUCUGUGACAUGGGCGAAUUGGACGAGGUGCUUCGCCUGAUGCAGGUCCGUGUCAGCCAGGGCCACGACAUGACGUCUGAACUAUGGAUGCAUGUGCUACGGACGGCGAUUGAAGCGCAACAUUUUAUGACGUCUCGAUUUGUGUGGCGACGUAUGGUCGAACUCGGUUACCUUCAUCCACCGAGUACUGUGUGCAGCGAUGUUCUCAGACUCGCUGCCAGCGUCAGUGAUAUCGAGAUUGCAAAGUCCGUGUUCCGCCAUCUCGCAAGACGCGCGCUCUCUCCGACCUCGGAAGAUUAUCAACAGUCUAUUGUGGCCAACGUCGGUGUGGGCGACCUCCCCGCUGCGUUGGGACUCCUUUGUACUAUGCACGAAGCGGGUUUGUCACUUGAUCAGACGACCACCCAACCCAUCCUUGCGUAUAUGAUCCAAAGUCAGACCGACCGUCGAGAGGCUUGGCAAAUUCUCAAGCGACUACACAAUGAGAAGCACGACAUUCCUCUUGCCAGUGUUCGCGUUAUUGCCGAAUUAUGCGAACACGAUGCCCAGAAUGACCCGACGGUGGUAGAUGAUGCAGUUGGAUUCUACAAUGAAAUCCACACGCUUUGUCCGCAGGGCGCCGAUCUCCAGGUCUACAAUACACUAAUUCGGAUGUGUCGCACGGCGGGCAAACGGGAGGCUGGCAUCUUCCUAGUCAAAGAAAUGGCCACCCUCAACGUCAUCCCGGAUACCACCACCUUCGAAACCCUUAUCCUGAUGUGCCUAGAUGCGGGUAACUACAAGUCCGCGCUCAUGUACUUGUUGGAUCUGGCCAAGCGGGAGGCGACGGUGGAUCCCAAGGCCAAGGAGGAAAUCCGGAGCCUCUGCGCUCGGUCGGUCAACGAGUAUGCGUUGCGGCUGCAGUAUCACCCUCUAAUCCAGGAAGAGGAUGUGCCAGCCUCGGAUGAUACUACAGAGACGGCCGAGGCACCCAAAUCGCCUCGCCGCGGCCAACUUGGUCGUCAGGAGAGAAUUGCAUAUAAUAAAGAACGACGACAAAGAAAACGUCGCCGUUUGGCAAUGGAGCGACUUGCCGCAGAGGGCAGGGAUAGCUCGGAGGCUGUGAAUAGUCUAGACUUGGAGGGAUCCGACGGUGAGGUGGACCAGGUGGAUGUGGAUAAAAUGGACGAGUAUAUCGGCGGGAAGAACAACCGGAGCUCUCCGUCCAAGGCGGGCGAAUAG